AUGGCAGGCAAGAAAGGCCCCGUCCUACCCUACCGCCGGGGCUCAGACGCCUCCGAAGCCGACUUCUUCGACAUUCCCGAAGAGCCCUGCUGGUCCAUCAUCAAGCGCCAGCUCCGCUAUCUUAAGAGUCCGCGGGCCUGGCUCGCCAUCUUCGUCUUCGUGCUGUUUGUCCUAUUGCUGCGUCGAGAGAAACCUCCGCCUCCGCCCCUUCCUCAUAUUGAUUACGACCGAGUCGAUUGGUCGCUCUACGCCUACAGCCAGUAUGCGACGUCGAGCCCAUACCUGUGCAAUGCGCUUAUCGUCUUCGAUACUCUGCAGCGGCUUGGCAGCCGAGCGCAGCGGGUGCUCUUCUACCCCGAGAACUGGGACGUGCUGGUAGAUGACGAUCGCGACCGGGACAGCCAGCUGCUGGCGAUGGCCCAGGAGAAAUACAAUGUGCUGUUGGUGCCGAUUGAUGUGCAGAUGGUCAAGGCAGGAUCGGGACCAAGCGAGUCCUGGGACAAGAGCAUCUCAAAGCUUCUUGCCUUCGGAGAGACCGAAUUCGAACGUGUCAUUCACAUCGAUUCCGACGUCAGCGUUCUACAAAACAUGGACGAAUUGUUCUUCCUCCCGCCCUCUCAAGUCGCCAUGCCCCGCGCCUACUGGGAACUGCCCGAUAUCAAGCAGCUCUCGUCUCUCUUGAUUGUCCUCCAGCCGUCCUACAAAGAGUGGUAUGCGUUGAUGGAUAAGGCUCAGGCCAUUUCGUACGGACAGGUCGACUCGAACGUCAGCUCGCGAGUUAGGUACGAUAUGGAACUGAUGAACGAACGGUACGCGGAUUCGGCCUUGGUUCUACCGCACCGACAGUACGGACUGGUCACCGGCGAGUUUCGCAAAGACGACCACCGGGCGUUCCUGGGUAAUGAGCAUGAAGAAUGGGAUCCGGAAAAGGUACUAGCGGAAGCGAAGCUGGUUCAUUUCUCCGACUGGCCGCUGCCCAAGCCGUGGGUGAUGUGGCCGCAGGAAUUGUUGGCCGAUAUGCUGCCCAAGUGUAAGGUCAAGCCAGGCACGAUGCAUGAGAGUGGGUGCAAGGAUCGUGAGAUUUGGAAGAAGCUCUACGAUGAUUUCCGGCGGAGACGAAGGGACGUGUGUAAACUGCUCAGCUAUCCGGCGCCAAACUGGCCGCCUCGGGAGAAACCCCAGGGUCCUCUGGAGGCGGCACCAGAGGGUGUUCCAGUUCCUCAUGCUAAUUGA